AUGACUGACCUGACUUUCACAGUCUCUUCCCUGCUUAAAGAAAAGCACAACUGUGACCCUGUUAGAAAGCCUAUCUCCCCUCGGAUGCUCGAUUCCUUCCUCAUCGAAGCGCGACAAAUUAACAGAUCUCUGAGAGAACUUAUAAGCUAUCUACGAGCCAUCCGUGUACCAUAUCUUUCAACUGCACCUCCACCUAGGAGGAACCAGAAACAUGCCCGAGUCAACUCAAAGACACAUGACGAUAUACCAGCUUACUUGACAGAUAAGCAGCGCGAGGACAUUGAUUCGCAAACAGCAGCACUACUCAUCAGGCUAAACUCUACCUACCAAAACCUCGAACAAGCAAAUAAUCUUCGACACGAGAAUACGCAACGACGUCUAGAACGCAAGUACGGUAAAUCGACCAAUUUUCUUUUGCGGUGGGCUGCUGGUGGUGACGAAGAAAUCGCAGGAGAUGCAGGCAAGCCGGAAAGACAGAAAGCAGAAGAAGUUGAGGAACGUGAUAUAUACCAACACCGUUUGGGCGUGCUAUACUACCUCAAAGCCGUAAGCCUGCGUGCUGCCGUGAAUGCACGGCAGGAUAUGGUAGACAAGAGGCUGGAAAGAGAACGGGAGAAGGCGGAAAGUACUCUGUCAGAUGUGCGCAAUCGUAACGUCAAGCUCCAGUUGGCCUUUGAUUUCGACGACGAUCUGGCAAAUACCACCAUUGAUACGAGAGGCAGGGAUACAUACAACCCAGCUCUCAGCCCGGAUGGUGAUUCAGGUGGACAAGAACUGACGAAGGAGCAGCUGCAGUUGUUCGAACAGGAGAACUCCAGCCUUAUGAAUCACUACAACGAGACGCUGACGCAGGUAACGCAGGCAGAGAAGAGUUUACUUGAAAUUAGCUCACUGCAGCAAACACUGGUCAGCCAGUUGUCGGAGCAAGGAGAACUGAUCAGCAACCUGGUCAUCGACGCUGAUCGGACGGACGAGAACGUUCAGAGGGGCAAUAAAGAGUUGAAGAGGGCAACAGAGCGGACGCGAUGGCCCAGAUAUAUGUACCAUGUAACGCUAUAUCUGUGUGCAGGACUGGUUGUGUGGGAUCUGAUAUUCUGA